AUGCCCGUCCGCAGUACAGUCAACGCAUGCACCAAGCCCUUCAUGUCACCCGACAGCAUCACCUACCUAGGCCUCACCCACAGCGGGGCCUACACCCGUCCGACCGCGGCCAAGACUGACACCCAACCCAGCGGCUCGCCCUCGUCCUCGGCCUCCUCAGACGACCUGGCCACCGGCCCCACGGGCGCCGAGUACUUCCCGCACCGCCCCAAGUCCCUCGCGGGCAUCGCCCUGCGCGCCUUUCUCCUCGGCGCAGCGCUGUCCGUGUCGGCGCUCGGCGCCGUCGUGCUGCCAGCCCCCUACUGGCGCCUCCCCUUCUUCACAGCCGCCCUCUCGCUCUUCCACUUUCUCGAGUUCUGGACGACGGCCGCCUACAACACGCCCGAGGCCGACGUCAAGGCCUUCCUCCUGACCGCCAACUGGCCCGCCUACGCCAUCGCCCACGCCGUCGCCGUCGCCGAGUGCGCCCUGACCUCCCUCCUGCUGCCGCCGCCGCACGCCUGGGCCCCCGCGGCGCUGCCGGCCCUGCCGCGCACGGCGCUGCUCGCCGCCGGCUUCGCCCUCGUGGCCGUGGGCCAGGUCGUGCGCACGGCGGCCAUGAUCACGGCGGGCCGCAGCUUCAACCACACGGUGCAGCACCGCCGUGCCGCGUCGCACGCCCUCGUCACGUCCGGCGUCUACGCCUGGUUCCGCCACCCGAGCUACUUUGGCUUCUUCUGGUGGGCCGUCGGCACGCAGCUCGUGCUCGGCAACGUCCUGUCGCUCGCCGGCUACGCGUUUGUCCUGUGGAAGUUCUUCUCCGGACGCAUCCGCCACGAGGAGGAGCUGCUUGUUCGCUUCUUUGGGAGGGAGUAUGAGGAGUACCGGCGCAGGGUCGGCACCAGGAUGCCGUUCUGCGGGUGA